AUGACCUCCGGCACCAUACGCACCGGCAUUGGCGGCUGGACGUUCGAUGCGUGGAACCAGACCUUCUAUCCGCCCGAGGUGAAGAAGAAGAACCAGCUCGACUACGCGUCCCGCCAGCUCCGGACGAUCGAGAUCAACGGCACCUAUUAUCGCGGGCAGAAGCCGGAAACCUUCGCCAAAUGGGCGGCGGCGGCACCGGACGGGUUUGUCUUCGCUGUCAAGGGCAACCGGUUCGUCACCAACCGCAAGGUGCUGGCCGAGGCGGGCGAGUCGAUGGACCGGUUCUUUGCCACCGGCGUCACCGAACUGGGCGACCGGCUCGGCCCGAUCCUGUGGCAGUUCGCACCGACGAAAAAAAUCGAUCCGGACGAUUUCGGCGCCUUUCUCGACAUGCUGCCGCGCGAACAGGACGGCGUGGCGCUGCGCCAUGCGGUCGAGGUGCGCCACGAGAGCUUUCAGGUGCCGGAAUUCGUCGCACUGGCCCGCAGCCACGGCAUCGCCAUCGUCGGCGCGCUGCACGAGACUUACCCCGCGAUCUGGGAUGUCGCCGCCGAUUUCGCCUAUGUGCGGCUGCAGACCGGCUCGGACGAUAUCGAGACCUGCUAUGGCGGCAACGAAUUGUCGGCAUGGGUGAAGCGCCCGACGACCUGCCGCUGA